AUGUCGAGGCGACCGCCGAACCCCGCCGCCGAGCGGGCAGCAAAGAACCAGGCGACCAUCAAGUCGCUGUUGAAGUUGGAGCCCAACAAGAUGUGCUCUGAUUGCAAAAGGAACAAGCAUCCGCGAUGGGCAAGUUGGAACCUAGGCGUCUUCAUCUGCAUCCGCUGCUCUGGCAUUCACCGUAGUAUGGGAGUCCACAUCAGCAAAGUCAAGUCUGUCGACCUCGAUUCCUGGACCGACGAGCAACUCCAGAGCGUACUGAACUGGGGCAAUGCACGAGCGAACAAGUACUGGGAGGCGAAGCUGGCACCAGGCCACGUGCCGUCCGAGGCCAAGAUCGAGAACUUUAUACGGACCAAAUAUGAGCUCAAGAGAUGGGUUAUGGACGGGCCAAUGCCUGAUCCAUCUACACUGGGCACAGAUGCCGACGACGACGUACCACUCAGCAUCGUCAAGGAGAAGCAGACCAUCGAGAGGAAGCAGUCCCUGAAGACACACCCCGGCCAACCAUCGGCCUCUGCCCGACCAGCUCCACAAGUCGACCUAAUCGGCGGUGACGAUCCCAUCCCUCGUGCCAGCACUGCCGGGCCCGUGGCCUCCAAGGUGCCGCCCAAAGCUGAGCCUGCGCCACCGAAGUCAACGAGCGCCAACAACUCGCUGCUCGGGCUGGAUUUCCUGGGCUCAGAACCAUCACCGCCCCCUCGACCUGCCAGCACCACUGGCUCUGGUGGAGUGAGUGGCCAGUCGCGGCCCGACCUGAAGCAGUCCAUCCUCUCCCUCUACGCCACGGCUCCCAGGCCGCAGCAGGCAUCUCAUGGCCAUUCUCACUCUGGCUCAUUUGGCAGCUUGGCGUCUCCUACCGCACCACCGCAGAUGAGCCAGCACGUUAGCCAGCCAUCUGGAGGAGGACUGAACGACGCCUUCAGCAACUUGAGCUUCUCCAACAUCUCCAGCCCCAAGAGCCCCCAAAACUCUGCCUUCUCCAACUUAAACCCCGUGUCAAGUAACAGAUCGACUCCUCAGCCCCAGCAUCAGUCACAGCAGUCGUCGUCUGCGUUCUCCGGUCUCAGCGGCGGAGGCUUCUUCGACUCCAAGCCGGCCGCACCAGCAGCUGCCCCAGCCAGCAAGCCGGCGCCUUCCAACAGCGGUUUUGGCGGCUUCGGUGGCUUUGGCGACUUCUCCUCCCCGGCGGCCCAGCCCAAGCCAGCAGCCCCAGCAUCCUCCGCGAUGAACGACCUAUUCGACUUCUCGGCUCCCGCCCCGACGGCGGCGCCAGCCCCUGCCGCACCCGCGGUGUCCAGCUCGUCCAACUCCGUCUUCAACCUCACACAGCCCAAGUCUCCCCCGGCGCCAGCGACAACGACCAGCCCACUUGCGACGAUCGGCGGCGGCGGCGGCGGUUUUUCGGGGGCAGACGUUUGGGGCGGCAACGCGUGGGCCGACCCGGCGCCUGCGCCCGCCGCCAGCAAGCCGGUGACGAGCCCGCAGCCGUCCAACGACUUCGGGGCGUGGGGGAGCAACAGCGGUGGCGGCGGCGGCGGCAGCACCAUGGGCUCGUUCGCCAACACGGCGAUCGUGCCGGGCGCCUCUGGCGGGCUGGUCACGCAGCCCAAGGUGGCGGCGGACGAGGAGUUUGGCGGGUGGACGAGCAGCACUGCGCCGCCGGCGACUGCUGGGGCGGCCAAGGGGAGCGAGGAUCUGUUUUCGAACGUGUGGCAGUAA